UCUGCCACUCCGGGUGAGCAGCGGAGAUAUUUCUCUGUGGUGUGAAGCAUCUUGAAACAAAACGAUCUUUUCAGUGACGCGUAUUUUGCGCGAAACUCGAUUUUGGAGGCUGAAGUGAAGGUGGAGGAGUUAGAAAUGAGUAAAAAGGACAACGGAGCGUCGCUCAUCCUCGCCUAUCUGAAUGAGAAGAACCGGCCCUACAGUGCUCAGGAUGUCUUCUGUAAUCUACAGAAGCAGCAUGGAUUGGGCAAAACAGCAGUUGUCAAAGCCUUGGAGCUGCUGGCGCUUGAGGGGAAGAUAAAGGAGAAAACAUACGGCAAGCAGAAGAUUUAUUUUGCUGAUCAGGCUCAGUUCAAAGACGUGAAGGAUGCGGACCUGAAGGCCAUGGACUGUCAGAUCUCAGAGCUCAGUGCAGAGCUGCAGUCUCUCACCCAGAGCUGCAGACAGCUAGACGCAGAGCUGAAGGAGCUCAGCAGCGCACUGACAACAGAGGAAAUGGUGUCAGAGAUCCAGGAGCUGAAAGAAGAGUGUUCCGGGUACAGAGUCCGUCUGCAGAAGAUAAAGUCGGCCACGAAUCACAUCACACCGGAAGAGAAAGAGAAGGUUUACAAAGAGCGGGAUGUUUAUGUGAAGGAGUGGAGAAAGAGGAAGAGAUUGGCUUCUGACAUGAUCAACGCAAUUCUGGAGGGCUAUCCGAAGAGCAAGAAGGAGUUCCUGGAUGAAGUGGGAGUGGAGACUGAUGAGGACUGUAAGGCGGCUCUUCCGAGUACUUGAUAAAACAAGAAAACACCUCGUCUGUGUGAGCCUGUGCAGUGUUAAGAAUGUAGACACAACCGCACGGCCGUUUAUUUAAAGCCUUUAUUUAUCGCCUUUUUCAACACAUUGUACAUCUCAUAAAAGUUCAAAGAAAAUACAGCUUUUCUAAUUGGAAGUACAUUUAUACAAAAAAACAGCUGUCACUUGCGAGACACCAGCACUGUGUCACACCAGCAGACAGCGCUGAGGCAUACUUGCAUUUUCUUGUGUUUAUUUUCCCUUUUUUAAAAACCAAUCCUGAGCCUUUGAUGAAAAUGUAAAUCUAUUAUUCAUUAGAGCUUUGAGGGAUGUACAUCCUUUGUUGUUCUUAUUACAUGUUCAAGUCCAUCUAGAUGCCAUAUUCUUUUUGAAAACUGUACAUAAAAGAACCACAUCGUUGAAAGCAUGGAUGGUUAUUCAUGACCUUCAGCUGUUAUGGGGGGGGGGUUGUCCCACUUUUCCCUCUACUUUUGUUAAUCUUCCUUUGUACUGUUUCUUCACUCAGUGUUGCUGCCAAGUUAUUAAAUGUUCAUGACAGUAA